UAUAUAAAAAGAAAAAGGCCAUUUUGUAAAGCCACAAUCUCUACUCUCUCUCUCUCUCUCUACAGCUGGGAAAAGUGCCAAAGCUUCUUCGCAUCUCACUGAACCUGAAAAUCCACCGGAGAUCGCCUCAAGUUUCAGAGCUGUUGAGUAUUUUCCGGCGAAAUUUGCCGGCGAAAUGUGCAAGUUCGGAUCACUCGUCUUCCUCUUACUUCUUUGCUCUGCGGCUCUUGCUUCUGCUCAGGGAUCUAAGAACAGAACCACAAAGUGGCAGACAUUAAGCGGAAAUGAACCUUUGGUCGUGGCACGUGGUGGCUUUUCAGGGCUAUUUCCUGAUUCUAGCGGAAUUGCCUACCAGUUUGCUGGACUGGUUAGUUUACCCAACGUAUUAUACUGGUGCGAUGUACAGCUGACAAAAGACGGUGCUGGCAUUUGCUUUCCAAAUCUCAUGAUUGUGAACGGUUCUGACAUAUCAACUUUUUACCCAAACAAAACUAGUACCUACUCUGUUAAUGGGGUAUCUAUGACAGGAUGGUUCCCUGUGGAUUUCACCCUCAAUGAACUGACAAAUGUCGUUUUAACUCAGGGAAUUUAUUCUCGAACUGAUAAAUUUGAUGGCUACCAAAUUCUUACUGUUCAAGAUAUGGUUAAGCAGAUGAGCCCACCCGGAUUGUGGUUGAAUAUCCAGCAUGAUGCAUUCUUCAGCCUACACAAUCUGAGUAUGAGAAGAUUUGCACUUUCUGUAUUCAGAAGUGUUAUAGUUAAUUACAUGUCUUCACCAGAGGUGAACUUCCUGAAGAGUAUAUUGAAUCGCAAACCAAGCACAACAAAACUCGUUUUCCGGUUUCUGGGAGCAGCUGAAGUUGAGCCUUCGACCAACCAAACUUAUGAGUCUCUAUCAAAGAACCUUACAUUUAUCAAGACAUUUGCUUCUGGGAUUCUUGUUCCCAAGAGUUACAUAUGGCCUGUAGAUGCAAGUCAAUAUUUAAUGCCUCAUACCUCGAUUGUCUUGGAUGCUCAUAAAGAAGGUCUAGAAAUUUUUGCAUCAGAUUUCGCAAACGACAAUUCUUUGGCCUAUAAUUUCAGCUAUGAUCCUGUAGCUGAGUAUCUGGCUUUUAUUGACAAUGGAAACUUCUCUGUUGAUGGUGUGAUUUCUGACUUCCCAGUAACUCCAUCAGAGGCCAUAGCUUGUUUCUCUCACAUUGGCAAAAAUGCACCAGGACAAGCAAAGCCUUUAGUUAUCUCAUCCAAAGGAUCAAGUGGGGACUUCCCUGGCUGUACUGAUUCGGCAUAUCAGCGAGCCAUUUCGGAUGGUGUAGAUGUUCUUGACUGUCCUGUUCAAAUGUCGAAGGAUGGAAUACCAGUGUGCUUAGGUUCUAUUAAUCUUAUAGAUAGCUCAACAGUUCUUCAAUCACCUUUUGGCAACCUUACAACAUCUAUUCCAGAACUUGGAGUAGUCAAUGGAAUAUUUACCUUCAGCCUAACAUGGAGCGAGAUUCAGAGUUUGACACCGGUAAUAUCAAACCCGUAUGCAAAUGGUUAUUUAUUGUUCCGUAAUCCAAAGCACAAAAAUGAUGGAAAAUUUAUGACAUUGUCCGACUUUUUGGCCCUCGCAAACAAUGCCAGCUCUGUUUCCGGUGUAUUGAUCAGUAUAGAGGAUGCAGCCUACUUGGCAGAAAAGCAGGGAUUAGGUGUAACUGAUGCAGUUCUUAAAACCAUAAAAACUUCUAGUCUAAAUAGUCAGACAGUCAAGAAAAUUAUGGUUCAGUCCAGCAACAGCUCAGUUCUGAAAAAGUUCAAACAGGAAAGCAAUUACGAGCUUGUUUACAAAGUUGACGAGAUUAUCCGUGAUGCUGAUGCCGUAACCAUCACAGAUAUCAAGAAGUUCGCCAAUUCUGUGGUUAUCAGCAAGGCAUCUGUCUUUCCUGACAGCCAGGCCUAUAUCACUAGUAUGACAGAUAUUGUACAAAAGCUACAGGGAUUCAAGCUUGCGGUGUAUGCGAGUCUCUUCAGAAAUGAGUUUGUAUCUCAAGACUGGGACUUCUUCUCAGACGCAACUGUAGAGAUCAACAACUUUGUCAUGGCUGCUGGAGUUGAUGCCGUUGUCACAGAAUUCCCCGGGACAGCUGCUAGAUACAAGAGGAACCGAUGUUUUGGGUUGGGCAAUAAGACCCCAAAUUGCAUGAUCCCUGUACAGCCUGGUGGUCUUAUACAAUUAAUGAUUCCACAGAACAUGCCACCAGCUGAAGCUCCAAAUCCGGUCCUGACAGUUCCCGACGUGGUUGAGCCACCUCUGCCUGCUGUGGUGGAACUCCCCCCAACUUCUAACCCUUCUAACACCAAUGGGUCCACAGCACCAUCUCCAACCCAACCGAACAGGCAGCCUAAAGUUCUCGCGUGCGUCAUCGUGUCUUAUCUGGCCGUUCUCCUUGUGACUCUUGCCUUGUUCUGAAAAGGUGACGUUGAUUCUUGAGCUUUUUCCCACUUCGUUACUUGAGAUUCUAAGCUAUUUGGGAGUUCUGGAUUACGACACGGCUAAUUGAGAUUUUUUCCCCCCAUCCUAAACUGUGACGAUCAGAAUAUUUUGUUUUUUUUUUUUCUUUUAUAAUAUUGUAGGUAUGUGUUCAUCCUCAUGUAGUUUGAGAAGACAAUGCUUAGGUAUUUGUCAUGGUGGAUUCCUAUACCUAGCAUUGAUACCUGUUUUCAUUCUUGUAAUUUAUGUUAAAAUGAUUAUUCUUUGUUGUGCAUAUUUAUGAGAUAUAAACUUCAGUUCGCUAA